AUGACCCGGCCCUUGACCACCAACUUCACGAAAAUGUGUGUAUAUAUACAUAUUGCUACGGAAUUUGAAAUCAAACCGGACGUUUCUAAUUUGCCACCUUUUCACUUGAAACACAAAAUGGAAACACAUGAAGGAGAGAAGAAGAAACGCAAGCAAGCGAAAGGAAGAGGAGAGAAUGCGUAUAGGGGGAUUCGCAAAAGACCUUGGGGUAAGUUUGCUGCUGAGAUACGUGACCCAACAAAGAAUGGGGCACGUCGUUGGCUAGGAACAUUUGACACAGCAGAGGAAGCGGCUCGAGCAUAUGACCGAGCUGCUUUUACCUUCCGGGGUCGUUUAGCCAUCCUCAACUUCCCGAACGAAUACCAACAUCAGGAUCCAAACUCUACCAUCUCAUUUGCUUCUUCAUCUUCAUUCUCCACUGCCAAUCCUGAGAAUUAUGUCCAUGAAGUUUCCUCUACUAUUGGACAAGAAGUAAUAGAGUUUGAGUAUUUGGAUAACAAAUUGUUGGAGGAGCUGCUUGGGACACAUGAUCACGGCAGGCAGCAUUAA